AGUACAACUUUGCCGUUAACAACCUCCACCCAGCUGCCGACGAUGCCCUCGCAAACUGUAUCUUCCAAGUCUGCACCUGCUCGGCACGAUAUGUCUGUUAUUCUUGUCACUGGGUCCUACGAUCAUGAGAUUCGUUUCUGGGAAGCUUGGAGUGGCAUAUGUUCUCGCACAAUCCCGCGUACAGGAGAAACAGGACAAAUUAAUCGUCUAGCCAUUUCCCCGGAUAAACGAUUACUGGCAGCGGGCAUUCACAAGAAGGUGUGCAUAUAUGAAAUCGCGAAUCCCUCCGCACCGCCGCUCCAAUUUGACGGCCAUACCGGCAAUGUCACUGCCGUUUGCUUCCAUAGUGAGGGUAAAUGGUUGGUCACUGGCAGUGAAGACGGUACGAUCAAGAUCUGGGACCUGCGGAGUGCACACCUUCAAAGAAAUUAUGACAACGAGGCACCAGUAAAUGAUGUGGUAGUGCACCCCAAUCAAGGCGAGCUUUUGUCAUGCGAUCAAGCUGGGAGAAUCAAACAGUGGGAUUUGUCAGAGAACAUCUGCACGCACGAACUUACACCUGCAGGCGACAUCCCAAUGCGUUCGAUCAGUUUGGCAUCCGAUGGUUCUUGUCUUGUGGCCGGUAAUAACAAAGGCCGAUGUUAUGUCUGGAAGAUCAACGACGAGCGAUCAGAUCUACCCCGAUUUCAGGCAGUUACUAAGUUUCAAGCACACAACAAAUACCUGACGCGGUGUCUAUUUAGUCCAGACGUAAAGUAUCUUGCAACAUGCUCUGCGGAUACAACGGUCAAAAUAUGGUCCAUUUCGCUGAACUAUGAGUUCAAACUAGACAAGGUUCUCCAAGGCCACCAGCGUUGGGUCUGGGACUGUGCCUUCAGCGCCGACUCAGCGUACCUUGUGACUGCCUCUUCAGACCAUACGGCACGACUAUGGGAAAUGGCGUCCGGCGAGACCGUUCGUCAAUACAACGGGCAUCAUAAAGCGGCGGUGUGUUGUGCGUUGCACGACGGUGCGGGGUAGUUGAUUUCCUUUCGAAUUAUUGCGUGUCCUGUCCACGAAGUAUGUGUACUUUCCGCCAAUACCAUAAGAGUCCUUCGGAAUGCUGCGGGUUUGAUCCUCAAGUUGUUUUUUUCGCAUCCUACGUUCCUUUUCUCCGAUUCUAUUCCGGGUUCAUGGCGCGCAAAAUUCAGUAACAUUCCCACCUGCCGACUGCAGCUAUGGGAGCUUGUAGUCAAAGUACGUCACUGUAUCGCUCUCGUUGCGUUUCCGACCGAACUCUGUGUACAAUCUAGGCCAUUCUGCGAACCAAGGCGAACAAAGUUCUGCCCCCGGGGGCAUACUUCGGAAUGUGACGUCCAGAUCUGAUAGAACUCCAGAAGAAUGAGCUCCUGAUGGCGAUCCGGGGUUGAUGCAGCCGCGUGUUGGUGAAAAUCUGAACAAUAACCUUCAUAUACUCGA